AUGGAUGUUGACGAGUUCGAUAACAGUUCUAUUUGCAGUGAUAACCGCCAGCAGCCUCGGCAAAAUGGUCAACCUGUAAAGGGAGGCGAGCACCCUGAUGAGAAUAUAUGGAGUCCCUGUGACCACGAUUCUACCUCCAAUGCUGGGUCCAACAAGAAGACCACUGCCACUGGUGGUGACGGGUCUCUUUUUGGCGCUGUCAAACACAGGAUAACACGUUCUGCGACAUCAGAGCUCACAGAAUUGCAACAGAGGAUUCUGGCUCUGGAAGGGCAACUUGCAUUUACAACAAACAUCAACGAAAGUUGUAGCGUUGCGGGUAGAUAUCCAGGUGGAGAUAACAGGACUGACCUUGAGGUAAUCUCUGAGAAAAUCUCUGAGAACGGGUUCAAAGAAAGCUCAGUCCAGCAGCAAAUAGUUCCCCAAUUGCGUGACAGAACAUGGUCAGAACUCAUGAACAAGGACACUGGUGAAAGUCAAGAGUAUGCUAUCGAAUUCCUACCAGAAGAACCUGAUUACUAUCAUCAGAAGAAAACUAGCCCAAAAUCAGAUAGGAAACAUGGGAAGAGUCGCGGCUUAGUGCCAACUAUGAGCAGCAAACCCGCCCUCAACAAUUCUACGCCAUCAUAUGGACAAUGUUCUGUUCCAAGCCGAAUCCGAAUCAACUCAACUCCUAUCUUGAAGACUUUGAGCCACAUCCAUGACAUUAUCGACCCAAGUACGUCUUUGGUGAUGAUGCGGCCCUUCAAAUUCUUGGUCCAUUAUGAAACACAAAUCAGGGAAUCGGUCCGAGUCCUGGAGCGCCAAAUUCUGAGCAUAAACUCAAAUGCUUCAAUCUCUUCGGCGCAUGAUGCCUCGCAAUGCAAUGAGCAAGAAGUACUCCAAGAGAGCUUGGAGCAUAUGCGAUGUCUUACUGAUUUCAUGGAUCGAUAUAUCAAACCCGUUCUAGAAAGGUUGGAGGACAGCUCUAAUGGCCAGAUCCACUUCGCCGACCUCUGGUACAUUUUCAAGCCAGGUGUGGACAUCCAUUAUCCCUUAAGAGUGCAAGAUACUUCUGUGACUGUGGAUGCCUUGGAAACCACACCUGAGACAUUUCAGAGUCGGUACAAUCAGGUCUGGAGAGUUACUAGCACGAGUGGAGGGCGUCCAAAUAUAUCCACUGCUCAGAAUCGUAGUACUAUUCUCCGACCCAACCCCUUUCGAGUUGAUAUGUACUAUAUCGAUUUCCAUGGGAGAUAUUUCCGUCCGACGGUCCACACCUUUGAGAUUCCGUAUUUCAAAGGCGAACGCGCGAUAAAUUCUCUUGACUUCUAUCCAGCUCGGUACAUGGAAAAUUCAAAACAACAGGAGACUCUCAAAGGCCAUCUGGAAAAAGGGAAAGCCGUUUUCAAUUCAAUGGCAAGCUCAUUAUCUCAUUUCUUUUAUCAAGGACCUACUGUCAUGAAGCAUCCCUGCGGCUGCCCAAUUGUGGAUGGUCCUUUAAUUCAGGAGUACAUUGAAAGUGAGGUAAUUGUGGACUUCAAGAUGACUCUACGCAAAUACCCCUCGUGGGGGCCCAAAAGGGAGCCUUGGAAGGAGCCGGUGAUUGAACGAGGGGAGCUUCGAGAGACCUUCCCGGUGCAGUAUUGGACGGAUGAUCGAAGAACAAAGCUCGAAAGCACGGAGUACGAUCAAGUGUAUAACGACUACUUCAUCGACAGGGAAAGAGCAUUGAUAUUCAGAAACAACGAGCAAAUUUUUGCUCCGAUCCCUUCUGGGUGGCUCAGCAAUGAGCAUAUGGUUCCAGAGAAAGAUAUCAGUCUCUAUCCUGGUAGAGUCAUGGCUUAUGUGUUACGAACUAGGUCCUUCGCUCAUUUGUGGCUAUGGGGGCUCCAGCCGAUCAAAGCCCAGUCUGAGGGCUUGAAUAAUCUUCAAUUGAAGGACAACAGUUUCAAGCAAACUUUGCAGGCUCUGGUAAGGACUCAUUUCAUGCAAAAGCAGGCUCAGAACUCGCCCAAUUUUGAAUACGAUAUUGUUCGAGGUAAAGGAAAAGGUCUUAUCAUCCUUUUGCACGGCGCCCCUGGACUUGGGAAGACAUUCACAGCUGAGAGCAUAGCCGCUGCCAAUGGUAAGCCACUGCUUCAGAUAACCUGUGGUGACUUAGGCUUGAACCCAAAGGACGUUGAUGCAGCGCUCCGAGAGAGCUUCUACUACGCGCAGCAUUUUCGUGCAAUCUUGUGCUUCGAUGAAUGCGAUAUUUUCCUCCAGCAGCGUUCGAAGAUGGAUGUCAAGCGGAACGCUCUUGUUUCUAUCUUUCUCAGGGUCUUGGAAUUCUAUACUGGCGUGUUGUUCCUGACAACAAAUCGUGUGGGUACUCUUGACGAGGCGAUCAAAUCUCGAAUUACCUGGAUAUCAUAUUACCCGCCUUUGAAUUGGGUUCAAACGAAGGAGAUCUGGAAGACCAAUAUCAAGCGCCUGGAGAAAGGAAAUGGUAAUGUUGUGGUUGACAGAGCCAGUAUAAUGAAAUUUGCCAAACAGCAUUACGCCGUUAGCAGUGCUCCUGACUCUGAGAGUGGUGUUUGGAACGGGAGACAGAUCAUGAAUGCUUUCAAAGUGGCAUUGGCACUCGCACGUUGGGAAAAGUACGGUCAAGAGGAACAGGAUCAAACGGAACAGUUGGUGGUUCAUGACGACCAAGAUAGCAUCACAAUUUCUGCGGCACACCUCAGUACUUAUGCCGGAGGAAUACGAGCCUUCGACUCAUAUUUGAAGGAAGCAACUGGGUCUACUGAUGCCGAUCGUGCAUUCAACGCACAAGAGAGAGCAGAUGAAUAUGAACCUGAAGAUGAUCCUCCUCUCCGAUCUCCCAAAUUAGGGGAUGGAGGCUCAUUUCCGGCUUUGGUCCCGCCGUACGAAGAGCUCAGACGAACAACAUCAAAGGGUCUUGUACCCCCGUCCAACAACGGUCGGGCUCCAAGCCCGAAUCUACGUCCUCAACUCCUAGGCCGUCACUCAUCCAGUCAGCUGUUGCAGCAACAGCAACAACGCCCACCGACCAUUUCCAGACAUAGCGGCGGUGGAACGCCCACCCCAGUACCUCCGCCCCGACGACGAUCUAGCCAAUUGACCAGUCCCACACAAUUGAUGCCCCCAGUGACCAAAAGAAGACCAAGCACGGAGCGAAGGGCCUCUGGCAACAACGAUUUCAGAAGGCAAACCUACCGUGAAUACGACGACACUGGGGUCGAAACAGAAGAUACGGACUCCUACCUGUAUGGAAACGAAACUCUUGAUGAUGAAUCCGACCUGGGUCACUAA